AUGCCGAAACAAAUAACUGACAUACGUAAAUUCUUGAAAAUUAGCAGGAAACCUGAUACAACAGCCGUCAUUAUAGUGAAGAAGAAAAGUAGAACAAAGAAAAAUACAAUCAUAACAAAAUUAAAAUUAAGAACAAAGAGAUAUUUAUACACAAUGGUAUUUUCGGAUCGUAAAAAAGCAGAGCGCAUUGAAAACUCCUUACAACCAAGGUUGAAAAGAAUAUACUACCCACAAAAAAAAGUAGCAAAAACGACGAAGAAGUAG